AUGGCUAUUCAUUCUGAUUAUCUCAAGAGUACUAUACACGAAGCAAUUGGACAGUAUAACCGAGUUUCCAAGUCGAAAACCUUGAAACAUUUAGUCCCUAGCAAUGAAAGCAGACUAUUCGAGUUGAUCAAUGGAGAUAAAAAGAUCCAAGCGGAACUCCAAGACAUUCUAAGCAAGAAAGACCACUACGUUAAUAAAUUAAACAAGUUGCUAGAUUCCUUGAUACAGAAACAUGGUGUGAGGGUAAUAGAAAGCAAAGAUGUUUCGUUGGUCAAAGAUAAUGUUCCAUUACCUAACAACGAUGCUACAUCACUAGAUUCUAAGUUCAUAUGUACCAGGUAUCACGCAAGACAAUACAUUACAAACGUUCUCCCACAAUCUUCAAAGCAGGAAAUCAAGAAAACGAUAGAGCGUCAUUUUGAAUUUCAAAAAUAUUAUGAGGAUAAAAGGAAGGAGCUUAUAGGUAAUCCGAGCUAUAAUGAUGAACAGCUACAGACACGGUUAGAUGAGAUGGAUUAUGAGGUGUUCAAGCAGCAGGAGACAUACGAACAAGAAAGUUUGAGCAUACUAAAGAGCUUCAAUAUACCUUUCUUCAGCAUAGCGAAGGGGUGGGAUUAUCCUGAGCUAGAUGAAGAUAAAAAAUUUAUCCUAGAAGUGAUAGCAGAACAUUUUGGCAAGUAA